AUGUCCGCAGCCGCCCGCCGCGACGACCCCUUCCGCCCCGCGGCGCGCGUCGCCCGCCAGAAGCAGGAUGUGUGGUCCAUGGUCAACGAGGCCGCCGCCGCCUCGCCGGUCAAGCCGAUUGUCAACAUGGGCCAGGGCUUCUUCGGCUACAACCCGCCGCAGUUUGUCCUCGACGCCGCCAAAGCCGCGCUCGACCAGGUCGACUGCAACCAGUACGCGCCGACGCGCGGCCGCCCGCGGCUGAAAAAGGCCAUCGCCGCCGCCUACUCGCCCUUUUUCGGCCGCGAGCUGGACCCGGACAGCGAGGUGACGGUGACGACGGGCGCAAACGAGGGCAUGCUGAGCGCCUUCAUGGCCUUUCUCGAAAAGGACGACGAGGUCAUCGUCUUCGAGCCCUUUUUCGACCAGUACAUCUCCAACAUUGAGAUGCCCGGCGGCCGCGUCGUCUACGUGCCCAUGCGCCCGCCCCCGCACGGCGCCACCAAGACCACCUCGGCGGCCGAGUGGUCGCUCGACGUGGCCGAGCUGGCCGCCGCCAUCACCCCGCGCACGCGCAUGGUGGUCCUCAACUCGCCGCACAACCCCAUUGGCAAGGUCUUCAGCAAGGACGAGCUGACCGCCAUUGCGCGUCUCUGCGUGCAGCACAACAUCAUCAUCCUCAGCGACGAGGUCUACGACCGCCUGUACUACGUGCCCUUUACCCGCGUCGCCACCCUCUCCCCGGAGAUUGCCCGGCUGACGCUCACCGUCGGCUCCGGCGGCAAGAACUUUUACGCCACGGGCUGGCGCGUCGGCUGGCUGAUUGGGCCGGACCACCUGAUCAAGUACGUCGCGGCCGCGCACACGCGCAUCUGCUACUCGUCCGUGUCGCCGCUGCAGGAAGCAACCGCCGUCGGCUUCGAGCAGGCCGACGCCCACGACUUCUGGGCCGAGAGCAAGCGCGAGACAAAGGCCAAGAUGGACAAGUUCACCGCCGUGUUCCGCGAGCUGGACCUGCCCUACUCGGACCCGGAGGGCGGCUACUUUGUGCUGGUCAACAUGGCCAAGGUCAAGCUCCCGGACGACUACGACUUCCCGCCCCACGUCGCCGAGCGCCCGCGCGACUUCAAACUCGCCUGGUUCCUGAUCAUGGAGCUCGGCGUUGCUGCCAUCCCGCCGACCGAGUUCUUCACCCCGGACAACGCGCACAUGGUCGAGGACUGGCUGCGCUUCGCCGUGUGCAAGAAUGACGACGUGCUCGACACCGCCAUGGAGCGGCUGCGGGGGUUGAAAAAGUACAUUUACGAAUGA